AUGAGAGUCGUCCCCUCCGCGGCCCUCGGCGUGCUGACGCUGCUGGUGCAGGCCGCCGGCGCGCAAAAGGUGUCGUACUCGGACACGACGGGCCUGACCUUUUACCAGGGCACCAAGACGCAGCGCGUGGGCGGCGACGCGGUGCCGACGGGCGUCUACACGACGUACCACUCCAAGAUCACGCUGACCGGCGCGGCCAGCUCCAAGACGCGCUCGGGCACCAGCUCCGGGACCAGCACGGGCUCGGCCAGCGGCACCUACACGACGGGCUCGCUGACGGUGGGCGGCAACCUGACGGCGACGGCGACGGACGCGGUGCCGCAGCCGACCAACACGCAGCCGUGCAACAACCACGUGGAGCUGUGCUCGCGCAAGUUUGGCAACAUCACGCACGUCGGCUGCCACAACUCGCCCUUUGUGCGGCCGGGCAACUCGGGCUCCAACCAGGAGCUGCCCGUCAAGACGCAGCUCGACGACGGCGUGCGCUUCCUGCAGGCGCAGAUCCAGUGGCCGGCCAACGGCACGGUGCCGCACUUCUGCCACACGACCUGCGACCUGCUCGACGCGGGCCCCAUCACCGACUGGCUGGGCGAGGUGUACGAGUGGGUGGACGCGCACCCGUACGACGUCGUGACGAUCCUGCUGGGCAACGGCAACUACUCGGACCCGGCGCUGUACGUGCCCUUUAUCGAGCAGACGGGCAUCCUCAAGUACACCUUUGUGCCCACCGUCUUCCCCAUGGCCCUCGAGGACUGGCCCACGCUCGAGAACAUGAUCCUGCACGGCAACCGCGUCGUCAUGUUCCUCGACUACAAGGCCAACCAGACCGCCUUCCCCUGGCUCAUGGACGAGUUCUCCCAGAUGUGGGAGACGCAGUUCGACCCCGUCGACCGCGCCUUUCCCUGCACCGUCCAGCGGCCCCCCGACCUGUCCGCCGACGCCGCCCGCGACCGCCUCUAUCUCAUGAACCACAACCUCAACGCCGAGUUCAACGUCUUCAACCUCGAGCUGCUCGUCCCCGCCGUGUCGCUGCUCAACGAGACCAACGCCGCCGACGGCUACGGCAGCCUCGGCCUGGCCGCCAACAACUGCCGCGCCGACUGGGGCCGCGCCCCAAACGUCCUCAACGUCGACUACUACAACUACGGCUCGCCCCCGGGCUCCGUCUUCGAGGCCGCCGCCCGCAUCAACAACGUCACCUACAACCGCCCCUGCUGCGGCCAGGUCCAGUCCAGC